AUGACUUCUCUCGUUGAUAUGCCAUGUCAUCAAGAACGGCCAUCAUUGCUAUCAGCGUCAAGUGGUUAUGAAAAUUAUCGCGGUUUUCUCAAUCUACUUUAUGUUAUACUGGCGUUAGGAAGUUGUCGUCUCGUACUAGAGAAUAUUCUUCAGUAUGGUUUAUUAGUCGAAUUUGAUUGGCCAUUAAGAUUUAUACAAGAUCCAACAAAUUGGCCAUCGGUACUUCUUAUUCUAUUAGUCAAUUGCUUCAUUAUAUUUGAAUUUGUACUACAAUUAAAACUAAGUCAUACAUUAAUAUUAAAUUCUAAAGCUAAAAAUAAAUGGAUAUGUCUUCAAUUUUUAAAUUUUAUUACAAUAUUAAUAUUUCCAGCUGCUUAUGUUUAUUAUCGUCAACCAAAUCCCGUUGGUGCAUUUAUUGCUGUAUGUAUUUAUUCAAUAGUAUUUUUAAAACUAUUCUCCUAUGUACAUAUCAAUCAUCGAUGUCGACAAGCUUUAAUUGAGAAAAAAAAUGAUUCACAUGAAUCAUCUACGAAUGUAUCAAAACAUCCAGUAGUUUAUCCAAAUAAUUUAACAUAUAAAAAUCUCUAUUAUUUUAUGUUUGCUCCAACACUUUGUUAUGAAUUAAAUUUUCCUCGAUCACCACGUAUACGUAUACGAUUUAUAAUAAGACGUUGUGGUGAAAUUCUCGUUCUUUUAUCAUUACAAUAUUGUCUUGGACAACAAUGGAUAUUACCGAUUUUACGUACACUUGAUCGACCACUUAAUCAAUAUUCUGCAUUACAAAAUAUUGAACGUCUUCUACGUCUUGCUUUACCAAAUCAUCUCCUAUGGUUAAUAUUAUUCUAUGUUUAUUUUCAUUCAACAUUAAAUCUUCUUGCUGAAUUAUUAUGUUUUGGUGAUCGACUUUUUUAUCGUGAUUGGUGGAAUGCAACUGAUUUAUAUGAAUUUUGGAAUCGUUGGAAUACAAGUGUACAUGAUUUUUGUAAACGUCAUGUUUAUAAACCGUUAGUUGAUCAUUAUGGUUUUAAUAAACUAAUUGGUUCAUUAGUUGUAUUCGCUAUAAGUGCAUUUUUCCAUGAAUAUUUAAUUAGUGUACCGUUACGUAUGGUCCGUCCAUGGAGUUUUCUUGCAAUGAUGGUUCAAGUUCCAAUGGGUUUUGCUGUACGACUAGUUAGAAGUGAAAGUAAAACAUAUGGAAAUGUAGCUGUAUGGAUAUCACUUAUUCUGAUUCAACCAAUUGCAAUUCUUCUCUAUAUUCAAGAUUUAUUUUAUCGAGAUUUUGUCAAAGAUAAAUCUUAG